GUUCAGCGCUGGUUCGUGACGGGUUUAUUUCGAGCUGUUCGCCUACUGCGAUUAGAGUUCGAGCUCGAUUGUGUCGUCGGGAAAAUUUACUAGUGACAUAACACCGAAGUUUACAUUCGUAUACGACUCUGUCUAGACUCGUGGGGGUGUGUGGAUGAGUGAGUGCUAUUGACAAUUGACCCGCGUUGUAGCUCAAGUGCUUGGCAGCAGUUGUUGUAACCUAAGUAGACUUAUCUGUCUGCUAUUGAAGUGAAUUUGUGUUAAGGAAUUCUAUUUAACUACAACAAAAAAAUCUACCAAAAUGAUGAACGAUCCAGCCGCCCUGGGUAUGAUUCCCUUUGACACGAUUGGAUUAUACGAGCAGCCGAAGCCACGGUUCAUCUUCAAAAUGCCCCGUGUUGUUCCGGAUCAGAAGAAUAAAUUCGAGAGCGACGAUUUGUUUAAGAAGCUUAGCCGGGAUAGUGAAGUUCGAUAUACCGGUUUCCGCGAUCGUCCAAUCGAAGAGAGGCGCGGUCGCUUCCGGGCUGGAUGCUGCGAGGGCCAUACUGAAAUUUCCUUUGCCGCCACCGGUAUCAACCUGCAGCUAGUGUUCAAUCCCAACCAUGGACUGUACCAUCACCCGCACCAUCACCACCAUCACCAUCCUGCUCAUCUGGGACUGGAGAAGGAGUGCGACUUCGAUAAGGAACAUGGCAAGGUUCACAUCAAAUCACACUUCAUCAUGAAUGGCGUUUGCGUUCGAUUCCGCGGCUGGCUAGAUAUGGAACGUCUCGAUGGAAUCGGUUGUUUGGAAUUGGACGAAAAACGAGCUGCCCAAGAGGAUGCUAUUUUGCGAGAGCAACUGGAUCGUUACAAUCAACGCCUGCGAGAUUUCGAGGAUAAACAGAGAAGCUACCAACGUACAACACAGGACGAAUUCGAACAGAUGCGCCGGAACAGUUCCGGCAUCGGAGUUGGCGUUGGCACCGGGGCGACCGGUAUGUGGAGGCGAUAAGGUGGCUUGUCGCCGGCAAAGUGCAAAUUGUGUGAUUUUAACACUUCCCAUAGAGUCUGUGCUAUAUGAGAAAAAGGUGUACGUUUUAAAAACUGACUAUCCGUUUACUAAGCAUCACUAUAAAUCACAAGCAACUACCGUAGUGCUUACAGUUGAUAUGCAAGUCGAAUUUCUGUAACCAUCAUGAAUUACUAAUCGAAACAGCGUGUAUACCAUUUUUUAUGUUUUCUGUAAAUAUUAUUUGAAGUACGGCCACGUGCACAAAUUAUGCGAAAUUUUGCAUAGCCCUUUGUUUCGAUAUUGUUAUCAGCUUAGUAGUGUGGCAAUCCCACUUUCAGUUUAAGCAAUCAGCUCACAAAGUCAGAUUUUUUAUUCUACUCAAUUGAAAGUAAGUGAGAAUUUUUAUAUUAUUUUAUGAAUGAAUCACAUCUCUGAUGAACAGCCAAAAAACAACUUUAUUAUGAUUUCAUCUGUCUUAUUAUGAAGGCAGACGUUAGUUUUUAAGUAGAAUCGUGAAUAAAUUUUACACUUUUUGUUAUGAUAAUUAUAAAA